AAAGAUCAAGCACUUACGUCGUUGCCACCUCCCCACCACACAUGUCCACCCUCAUCCAUCCAUCCUUAUGUACGCCGGCAGCCUAAUGCGAUAACGCCUCCAGCGCUGCUCACACCGGGUCACGGAAGUAUCUCGUCAGUUCACCAACCGUACUUGCAAUCAAGAACGACGAUGGCCACGCUCUCCUCCUGCAGCCGCCUGAGCGGCGCCAGCGCCUUCUGCUGCCACCACCGCAGGCCGGCCCGUGCAGGAGCCGUCGUCACCUGCUGGAGCUCCUCCACUAGCGUUCGCGCCGCCGCCGCUGCCACGGCGACGCCGGCUGCGGUAGAGCAGCAGAACAAGGAGGUCUUGCUGCCGACGUGGGCGGAGUUCGAGCUCGGGAGGGCGCCGGUGUACUGGAAGACCAGCAACGGCCUUCCUCCCUCCCCUAGUGAGGGGCUGACCCUUUUCUACAACCCGGCGGCGACGAAGAUGAGGCCCAACGAGGGGUUCGGCGUCGCGUUCAACGGCGGCUUCAACCAGCCCAUCAUGUGCGGCGGCGAGCCGAGGCAGAUGACGCUGCAGGUCAGGGGCAAGGCUGACCCUCCCAUCUACACCAUCAGGAUACGCGUGCCGCAGCAUGCCAUGAACCUGAUCUUCUCCUUCACCAACGGAGCCGAGUGGGACGGGCCGUACACCCUCAAGUUCAGGAUCCCCAAGCCCUGGCAGAACAAGCCGCUGAGCUUCUUCAAUGAGGGUCUGGCAGACGAGCUGAACGGAGAGAGCGCCUGCGACAGGGCCAUCUACCCGGACGAGAACGUCGUCAUCACAAGUUGCGCCAUGGACGGCUACUACGAAGAGGGGGGCGACCGGUGCAAACUGGACAUCGUGAGCGGAUGCAUGGACCCCACCUCGCACCUGUUCGACCCGCUGGCGACCGUGGAUGACGGCUCCUGCCCACUGGAAUCGGAUUCUGAGGAAUGAGUCACGGGGUUUGGAACGCAUGGGCUGUGCUGCGCUCUCUUGUUCAUUCGUAGAAAAAGAGGAAGCGUCAUACACAAACAAUACGAUGAUUGUGGUGAUACAACAGUUUAUGUAUAUAUGAACAGAGUAAGAGCACACUGGUGAACAAGAGGAUUGUGUACGUACGUUGGGCAGACAAAGAUGCCGUAUAUCCAAUACACAUAGUAACAAUAUCCAAUACUA